AUGCACCUGACCAAUUUUCGAGGGGACAAGAAGGCAUGGCUGGUCUAUCUUACCAUUGGGAAUAUCGAUAAGGAAAAGUGGCGCAAGCCUAGUGCACAUGCGACUGUUCUGAUUGGGUACCUACCCAUCACCAAAUUGGAUAAUUAUACAGAGGCUGCCCGCUCUCAGGAGGAUUAUCGGUUGUUUCAUUACUGCAUGAAGAAUAUUUUAGCACUGCUUAUUGAUGCUGGGAAUAACGGAGUAUACGUUACCUGCACAGAUGGUUUUGUCUGCCAUGUCUACCCACUCCUGGCUGUGUAUGUUGCCGAUUUCCCUGAACAGUGCCUGGUGGCAGCUUGUAAAGAGAGCUACUGCCCGAGAUGUUGGGUGUUACCUGGAGAAAGGGGGAUGUUUGUGGAAUCAUUGUUACGCGACAAAGAAAGGACAAAGGUCAUACUUUCUCACAAGAAGUCUGGUCGGCGGGUUCCUGAAUUUAAUGAUGAAGGGAUUCAUCCAGUCUGGGAACCAUUCUGGGUGGAUCUCCCUCAUACCGAUAUCUUCUCCUGCUUUACGCCAGACCUACUCCAUCAGCUUCACAAAGGGAUGUUCCAUGACCACCUCGUGAAAUGGUGCACUGAGAUAGUGGGGGAAGCUGAACUGGAUGACCGAUAUCAGAGCAAGCCAGGGUACCCAGGGCUUUGGCACUUCAAGAAUAGGAUAUCGAAUGUUUCGCAAUGGACUGGCACCAAGCACAAGGAGAUGCAGCAUGUGUUCGUGGGCCUUCUUGUUGGCGCCAUUCAGCCACAUGUUUUACAAACUGCAAGGGCCGUGAUUGAUUUCAUCUACUAUGCUUGGUUACAGGUACACACCUCGGAAACCUUGAACGUGCUCCAAGAUGUGUUGAAGACCUUUCAUGACAACAAAGAAAUUUUAAUACGAGAAGGUGUUCGAGAGCAUUUCAACAUACCAAAACUUCAUCAGAUGAUGCACUACCUUGCCUCCAUCAAGUCACGUGGAUCUGCCGGCAGAUACAAUAUGGAGUGGUCAGAAAGGCUUCACAUUGACUUUGCGAAGGAGGGUUAUUGGGCAAAUGGCGACAUGGUUGGCCAGGAAGAGCUGGACAGUGAGGACCUCAAUGACAAUGAUGUGGAUGAAAGUGGUCAUGAGAAAGUUGGCCAUGGCAGUGCCAGCCACACUGAUGUAGUCGAUGACAAUGACGACAAAGUCUCAUCCCACUCUGGUUUACCUGCCACCCAUCUCCUUGCGGUCAACCCUGGCUUUCGUCAGCCAACCCUUCCAAACACAACUGACAUGUUCGACAUCUACAAACAGCUUUCAAUUCAUUUAAAGGACCUUGCUGCUGUUGGAUGUGUUGGCACCUUGCAACAGAUCCGUGCAAUGCCACUUACUCUGGGGCGGAAACACGACUCACCUGAAAACUUCGACACCGUUCUUGUCAGGAGUGAAAGUGAGAAGGGAAACCAGGCCACCAAGGGCACAUGCUUAGAAGGACUUCGGGUAGCACAGAUGCGAGUAAUUUUUACUCUCCCAGAUCACUUGCGUCGUGACCACUCCCUUCCACAAUACCUUGCCUAUAUUGAAUGGUUCAACCUGCUGCGAUCCCCCAAUCCUGACUCAGGCCUCCACUUUGUUACUCGCUCUUCCCACCACAAUCAGCCCAUUUCUGAGGUUGUGCCCCUUUGUGACGUCGUCUUAGGCUGCCAUCUCAUUCCAAAAUUCGGCACCAAGUUCUCUCCUGCCAAGUGGAAUCACCUCGAAAUCCUCGACAAUUGGAAAACCUUUUCUCUCAACAAAUAUAUUGAUCUAGCUAUGUUUUACGAGCACCAAGUCUUUCACUAA